AUGACGGACGACAUGGUCGUGGACAGAGUGUUCCGCAUUUUUGAUAGAGACAAUGAUAGCUGCAUCAAUGUGGUGGAAUGGGUGGAAGGCUUAUCAGUAUUUCUUCGAGGGACACUGGAAGAACGGAUUAAGUACUGUUUUGAGGUUUACGACCUGAAUGGUGAUGGAUAUAUUUCAAGAGAAGAAAUGUUUCAAAUGCUGAAAAACAGCCUUCUCAAACAACCGUCAGAAGAAGAUCCUGAUGAGGGAAUUAAGGAUUUGGUAGACAUAGUACUGAAGAAAAUGGACCGUGAUCAGGAUGGCAAGCUUUCUUUGAUGGACUUUGAAGAAUCAGUCAGAGAUGAAAAUCUUCUCUUAGAAGCCUUUGGACCAUGUUUGCCAGACAUAAAGAGCAGUAUAGCAUUUGAACAGAAGACUUUCCAGGAAACUCGUAAACUGUGA